AUGACCCCUAGCAAGGUUGGGAUUCGCAGACCCAAUCCAAAGUAUGUCAAUCUCCAUGUUGCAUUAUCUUCUUCGAUUCCACUAGUGCCCAGAACAAUUAUCACAGCUCAAAAGCACCCUGGUUGGCUGGCAACUAUGCAUGAAGAACUUGCUGCUCUUCACAAGAAUCAAACCUGGAAUCUGGUUCCCAAAGAUCUUGCCAUGAACAUUGUCGGUUGCAAAUGGGUUUACAAGGUUAAACUCCAACCCGAUAGAUCUGUUGAACGUCUCAAGGCACGUUUGGUUGCUAAAGGCUUUCAUCAGGUGGAUGGAUUAGAUUUUCAUGAAACUUUUUCACCAGUAAUUAAACCUGCUAGUAUAUGA